UUCUCCCCACACACUUGCAAGAUAAACCUUUGCUGUGCAGCUGGUUUGAAUUCAGAUCAGGAAGGAUUUUACCAACGGGGAGGCAUGGUGUUCUGCCGCUUGAAGUGGUUUAUAGGCUUUGGCAGUAGGGCUGUCCUCUCAAAAGCUUCAAGGAGCAGUAACAGAAGCACCUCUUUGAUAUGGAGAUGCUGCUAUCACAGGACUCCAGGAAGUUUCCUAGAUCCUGAGAUGAGAGCGUUUCUGGAGGAGAACACUGAAGUCAGUAGCAGCGGGCACCUCACACCAGAGAUACGACUGCGACUUCUGACACCUCGCUGCAGAUUCUGGCAGGAAAGAGCCGACUUGUGGCCCUAUGGCGACCCCUUCUGGGCAAUCUACUGGCCAGGAGGCCAAGCCCUGUCCAGGUAUAUCUUAGAUAACCCGGAUGCUGUCAGAAUGGGAUCAGUACUAGAUCUCGGAAGUGGAUGUGGAGCAACAGCAAUCGCUGCUGUGAUGAGCGGUGCAUCCCAGGUCCAGGCUAAUGACAUUGACCCCAUUGCAGGAAUGGCCAUGGUAUUAAAUUGUGAGCUGAACAAUGUGAACCCCUUCCCUGUUCUAACUAAGAACAUCAUUGAUACAGAGCUGGACAACUGGGACCUCAUUGUUUUGGGGGAUAUGUUUUAUGAUGAACAACUUGCAAAUCGUCUUCAUCACUGGUUGAGGAAAUGCAUCAGGACUCAUGGAACUAAAGUGCUAAUUGGUGACCCUGGGAGGCCUCAGUUCUUAGGCCACUGCAUUCACAGUCAAUUGCACAAAGUGGUCGAAUAUUCACUUCCUGAAUCCACAAGGCAAGAAAACAAUGGAUUAACCUCAAGCAUUGUCUGGAGUUACCAGCCCUGAGCUCUCCGUUUCUCCAAAAGCUGCUAAUACUGGAUUUAGAAGAAGCCUCUGAAAAGCUGUGGGCCUUGAGGUAGUUUGAAAGAGAAGAGGGUAGUGGCCUACAGAUCAAUUCAAGAAUAGCAUUCCACAUACAAAAGGCAGCACGUCUGAAGGUGUGAAGAUGGUUAUGGAAGCUUGAGCUUGAUGCAGAGGAAAAAGGGGAACCAGUGGAAGACUGAAGAGGGUGGGGAUGGGAAUGACAAAGUCAGAAUGACAAGCAAAGAUGAUAACCGUAGCACCUUCUUAAGAGGCUUUUCUGGUGCACCAAUAAAAAAAAAGAUCAAGAGAUUUUUGCAGGCAAUCUGCUGUUUUGUAUGUUUAAAGUUUUAAGUAAUUCCUAGGCUAAGGCAAUCAUUGUAUCCCUAUUGUGAAAGUAGAAUUAAUUAUAUUGUGAAAAUAGAAAGGAUUAAAGAAUGCUGUCUGUACCUUUAAGCAAAAUUGUUGGAAUGCUGCAAUCCAGGUGUCAGGAAUACAGACAUUCACAUAGAACAAUUGCACCGUUUAAGGGCAACUGGUGAAGUAUUAGCCCUAGAUCGAUAAGAGUUAGUAAGGAAGUAGGAUAUGCAUGCUGUACCCCAGGUGAAUUUUACUGUUUUGCUUUCUUUGUCCCUUUGUCUAAUUCCUGCUCUUUUAUCUGUAUAAAUAAGAUAGUUUGUGUCUUGCAUGGUGCUCACAUUAUCUGGAUGUUAUUAGCAGAGCGCUGUGCUAAUAAAACAGAGUGGUCUGACAAA